GCACCUUGACGAUUGUUUAAAUUUUGUUUUCUGAGUGGCUGAAGGUCCGUAGCUUUGUAGUUAGGUGCAGUGGUCUUAGGCUAAACAGUCACUCUACGUAUAAAAUUUAGGAAAAUAUAUAGCACUCUUAGUCCUUGUGGUGAUUAGACAGAUUGAAUAAGUCUGGUGACUGUUGAUAACAAGUGCUUUCAUAAUCAUGUCGAAACUAUACUUAAAAGCCAAUAUUAAAUCUUAAGUUUCAAACACUGCCGCUAUUAUUUUCGCUCUUGUUUCCAUCUUUUUAAUUUUUCUUACAUUGGUGUAAAGUAUAUUAACCUAGAUUUGUGCCCAUUUAUAUGAUUUGUUGCGGAUUCCUUGUCCUAAGCAUUUAUUUAUUUGUCAUGUACUUAUAGAUUGCGUACUAUCUGAAUGUCCAGGUGUCUUGCAUUUCAUAAUGUAUAUAAAGUCGUUGGUUAUUGAUGGCUUCAAAUCCUAUUGUCAGAGAACGGAAAUCGAUGGAUUUGAUCCACAGUUCAAUGCGAUUACCGGUCUAAAUGGCUCCGGAAAGUCAAAUAUAUUAGAUGCUAUAUGCUUCUUACUUGGAAUAACAAAUCUAUCGCAUGUAAGGGCAGCAAACCUACAUGAUUUGGUUUACAAAUGUGGUCAAGCAGGAAUAAACAAGGCUACCGUAAGCGCAGUAUUUGACAAUAUGGAUAAGUCACAAUCCCCAUAUGGUUAUGAGCAGUUUGAUGAGCUUACAAUCACAAAGCAGAUUGUCGUUGGAGGCAGAAAUAAAUAUCUGAUUAACGGAACAAACGCAACCACCACAAGGGUUCAUGAUUUAUUUCACUCAGUGCAACUUAAUGUUAAUAAUCCUCACUUUCUAAUUAUGCAAGGUAGGAUUACAAAAAUUUUAAAUAUGAAACCACCGGAGAUCCUAUCAUUAUUAGAAGAAGCAGCAAGCACCAAACUAUAUGAAAAUAAAAAGGAAGCAGCACUUAAAACUAUUGAAAAGAAAGAUAGUAAAUUAAGAGAAAUAGAUAGAAUUCUUACUGAAGAUAUUAACCCUACUAUCAAGAAAUUACGUGAAGAACGGAGCAGUUAUUUAGAGUAUCAGAAAGUUGUGCGUGAAAUUAAUCAUCUGGAAAAGUUUAUUGUCGCUUAUGACUAUACUUGUUUAGAGGAAGCUAAAAAACGAACAAAAGGAGAUUUAGUUACACUUGAACGUUCGUUGGAUGAGCAAAAAAAGAAUAUGGAAGAACUUCGGAAGUCAAAAGAAAUUAUAGAAAGUCGUAUUGCUGAACUUUGCAAACAAAGAGAUGAGCAUCAAGGAACAGCACUUGAAGAAUUAGAAUCUACAAUGUCUGCAUGUCAAAAAACAGAAGCAGUUGCUAAGGGGGCUUCUCAAAGGGCGUCUGAAUCUCUUCGGGCCGCCAAACAGCGUGUUAAGUCCAUGGAGUCACAGUGUAUGGAGCUUGAUGAGCAGUUGUCUUCUAAACAUAAAGCAGCGGAAGCUGCUGCUGGUAUUGAGUACCAGUCCGUCCUAGCACAGUCAGAAGAAGCCAAAGUUAAAUUUGAAGCGGCUCAAAAGCGUUUACAGGCAGUAAAAUCCGGUCUUUCCAGUGGAGAAAAUGGUGUUGCAGCUAGCCUUGCUGAACAGGUUAGAGUUGCAGAUGGUGAGAAGUGCUCCGCACAAACUGAACUUUCUCAACUGAAAAUGCGUCAGAAACAUCUACAAAAUGAGCUUGCUAAACAAGAAGCCAUUGUCGUUAAAACUUUCGGACAUGGGUCAAUAGACGGAGAAUCUAAAGAAGAAAUGAAACAAAAGGAACUUACUGCACAUAUUGACGAAUUAACUAAGAAAUUGACACGAGCUGAGGCGGAUGAUAGGUCUGUUGGUAGCGAAUCUGUGUUAAGUGAGAAGCAGCUUGGCUUAGUUAAGGAAGCAAGCGAGUUACGUCAUCAAGCUUCAAAGUUAUCAUCUCAAUUCCCUCAACUUGUGUUUGAUUAUACUGAUCCAGAGCCAAAUUUUGAUAGACGUCGUGUUCUCGGACCUGUUGCGAAAUUGUUUCGUGUCAAAGAUUUAAAAUAUGCGGUUGCUCUAGAAGUGAUAGCUGGAAAUAAGUUACAGAACAUUGUUGUAGACACAGAAGUCACUGGUAAAAUUUUAUUAGAACGUGGUCAAAUUCGUCGACGUGUCACUAUGCUUCCGUUAACUCAAAUACGUGGAAAUCCCAUAUCAGAUGGUGUUAUUAAAAAUGCCCAGUCAUUAGUUGGUGCAUCAAAUGUUGUCACUGCUCUUUCAUUAAUUGAAUAUGAUAAUAUGCUUAAACCAGUUAUGGAAUAUGUAUUCGGUAGUGUAUUAAUAUGUCCAGAUAUGGAAAUAGCUAGGCGUGUUGCAUUUCACCCUGGUAUUGAAAAGAAAACAAUAACAUUAGAAGGUGAUGUAUUUGAUCCUCAGGGCACACUGUCCGGUGGAAGUCGGGGAACUGCUUCGGAUAGUUUAUUAUCUCGUAUAUUUAAGUGGCGUGAUCUUGAGGUUGCCGCUCAAAAAGCUGAAGAAAAUGUUACUCAAGGUGAAGCAAAUGUCAGAGCAGCUCAAUUACGAUCCCAAAAUAUUAGUCAUCUUCGAGAAGCGUUAGAUAAUGCUCGCCAUCAAUUAGAACUUUUAGAGACUCAAAUAAGGCAGACAGAUAAACAUCGAUUACGUGCAGACUUGGCAGCUACUAGAACUGAAUUAAAACAAGUCGAAGAUUCUUUACAAAACGCUGAACAGCGUCUUACUCAAGUAUCUUUAAAAGCUAAGUUAGCUCAUGAGAAAGCAGCAAACGCCGUAGCUGAAUUUAAAAAAGAAGAACAGGAAGCUGAAAAUGCACUUUCAGAAGCUAAAGUUCAACUGGAAUCCACGGUUAGUGCUUUAAGGGAGAAGAAUUCUCUAAAAGAAACUUUACGCUUAGAAGCUGAAGAACUGUCAAAAGAACUAAAUACUUUAAAGCUGUCUCUUGAAGAAGCAAUUCAAGCUGUAGGAGAUGCACAGGCAGAAGAAGAACGUUGUAUUGAUGCAUCACGAUUAGCUAAAGAAGCUUUAAUUAAAGCACGUGAAGCUGUUAAUAAACAACGAGGAUUAAUUGAUGAAACUGUUCGUGCAUUGACAUCUGCAGAGAAAGAAGCUGGUCAAUUAGUUCAAUCGUUGAAUCAAACAAACAGUCAAGUGGAUAAACUUUCUCAUCAAAUUGAAAUGCAAACUAAGGAAAGUGAAGAAGCCGAUAUCAAGAUGGAACGACUCUUAGAAGCAUAUCCAUGGAUUCAUGAAGAAAAACAAAAUUUUGGUGUUGAAAAUGGCCCAUAUUGUUUUACUUCACGUGAUCCCAUUGAAACACGUCGACGAAUUCAUUCACUGAAAGAACGUCGUGAUCGUCUUGGUCGAACUGUAAAUAUGCGUGCGAUGAAUAUGCUUGGUAAUGCUGAAAAACAAUAUUCUGAAUUGAUUAGACGUCAAGAAAUUGUUUUAGCUGAUAAACGUAAAAUUCAAGCAGUUAUUGACGAUUUAGAUAAACGAAAAGAAGAAGUCUUAAUAAGUGCACAUAAUAAAGUCAAUGAGGAAUUCUGUAACAUUUUCGGAACUCUGUUGCCAGGAAGUAAAGCACGUUUAUUUCCCCCGGAAGGUAUGAGUGUUCUUGAUGGAUUAGAAAUUAAAGUUGCAUUUGGUGAUGUUUGGAAAGAAUCACUUGGAGAAUUAAGUGGUGGUCAAAGGUCGUUAGCUGCCCUUUCACUUAUUCUGGCUUUAUUACUCUUCAAACCUGCACCUCUGUAUAUAUUAGAUGAAGUGGAUGCGGCGCUCGAUUUAUCUCAUACACAAAAUAUUGGUCAGUUGAUUAAAAAUCAUUUUAAGCAUUCACAGGUGGGUAUAUUGAAAAUUCUCUUUUUUCCGUUUGCAACAAUUGUUUCUGUAAAUUAUUACAUGAUUACAUUGUGGAUUAUACCUAAGCUCUUUAACCCAAUGACUAACUGACUUGUCAAACUGAAAACCCAAAUGCAGUGGUUAUCUGAAGAAGGGUGCAAAAAUAUAUACUAAAUAUCAACAUACCUAUAUUUCUGAGACGUCGAUGUAUUCAGCCAUAAAGAGAGAUGCCUUUUAAGGGGUUUAUAAUGAUUAUUUAUAAACAUACACUAAUGUCAACAUCAGUACAUAGCUGUGUCCUAAUUCUCAAGCUGUCAACAUCUGAAGCAGACAUUAAGAUCUAAAUAAUUGGAAGCCGCUACGCCGAGACAAAAAUUCGAUAAAUGCACCAGAAAAAAUUGUUAGUGACUACCAAAAUUAUUAAAAAGUUGCGGUCAGAAUGAUAAGUAAACAGAAUGACACAGGUUCAUGCAAGCGCUAAGCAGUAACAUACGAUGGCCAAUCCGUUUUGCGUACUGUAUGUUCGAAUCGAUGGAUCUUGAAAUUGUUUACUGUUUAAAUAAGUGGUAUGAUGUAAUAUACAGAAAUAUUCGAAUAAGGAAGAAAGGAUUAUCGAUGUACAAAUAGAUUUGACAGAUAGGCCAUUCUUCCUAUCAGUGAAAAUUGCAAGUCGUUUCUUUUUUAAUACUCACAUAAUAAAUUAGAAAAGUAUGAACAUUUAGCUUAUACGCAUUGUUUUAUGCAAUAUUUUCCCUUGGCUGACUGGCAAUGUGUAAAUUUAUUAUGGUCUUUACGUAACUUACACAUUUUGUUUGACAGUUGACGUGUCUCUGUUUCAAGUUGAGACGCUUGCAAUAAAAGUUCAUAAUUAUUUCUUCUUAACAGGGCUAUCGCAGUACAGAAUUAAUCUGAAAAAUGUUAUAUAUUUCGAACAAUCCGGUCACAUAUAUGGUUGUCACAGCAUUCAUAAAAACUAAUAAAGGUUAAUUGAAUAAGAUGUCGAACGAAAACAAAGCAGUAGUCGUAAAUAAGCGCGAAAAAAUUAACUUAUCAUGGGAAGGAUAGAAAAUUGUCACAUCACCCUAGCUCGUAAUUUGCGUAAUGGAUAACAAUGCUGUCUCGUGUUUGUAAUAUAUUUUCCAGUAUUCAUGAAGGGCAUUUGGAUGUCCGAAUAGCUAGGGGUUCUAUAAGUCUAAGAUUUCGUCCUUGACAGUUCUUGUAGAACGUCCUAGAAGUUGUAUUAAGGUCAAUUCUAUGACCCAUCGUGUUUAUAUGUUUUGUUGUCAAUGAAUUUGGUUUUCUGCUUUCUAUGUAUUUCUGAGUAUUUGAUAUUGAGUCACUCUGAAACCGUUUGAGCACGUGCUUCGUAACCCUUGAUCACUUUGUUUGUGUGUCUAUAUAAAUAUGUAAAUAAGUGAAUACUGUGGAAUGUGACAUAGUCGUUCGCACGAUGUUUAAUCUUAUAUGGAGUCGGGGAUUUAGCUUUUUCAGUCUAGCAGGAUAGUAUGUUUCCUUGAUGGCUGCUCCCAGAUUAUUUCAGAAUUAUGCUAAUCUGCCCCAAAUUAUAUAGAUAUAUAAACCCUUUUCUUCUCAGCAGAUAAUUUGCACGAAUCUAUGUAAUUGGAGCAAGAUUCUAAUUUUGCAGCCUGUUAAUUUUAAGUAGAUCGGCCUUAGCAAGCAGCGUUUGAAAUGAAGGAUGUGUAGGAUCACCCAAUACAAAAUAUAGCGAUUGUUAUGUUUAUGUGUUCAUCACGGUAUUGUUAGUAUUAUUUUACGCGUAUCGUAAUAGAAAUUAUUUGUGUAGUUAUGUAAAUACGUUGCAUUUUUUAUAUAACUCGUAUUUAGAAACUUCACAGUACUUAGUUUAGUUACUCCGUUAUUUUUAUGCUCCCUUCGGAUCUAGUUCAUUGUAGUGUCACUCAAGGAUGGAAUGUUCAACAAUGCUAAUGUACUAUUCAAAACAAAAUUUGUAGACGGUGUUUCAACUGUGUCUCGGCAUGUACCUCUACGAGUUCGCGACGAAAAUAAACAGCCUCAAACAGAGAGACAACGGAAGCGUGUUAAAUAAAUUGUGUUUGUAUCUGUCUAUCUUUUUUAAAUGAUACGUUAUUUAUCUAUCCUCCCUUAAUAAUGAUUUAAUGUACAAUUUAUCAUAUUCAAAUAUCACUUUAUUCAACAUAUAUU